CAGCUGCUUUUGCUGCUGCUGCACUUCUGGACUCACCGGUGGACCGCAGCUCCCACACAGCUCCUGGACUCACCUGUGAUAUCAUCCCAUAGAGAGUUUUCUGUGUUGUACUUUCACCCCACACAGCCUCCUUCGAUGUUGUAGGUGCUGAAGAGGUCAGUGGACCGGGCCAAGGUAACGGAAGGAGGACGCCAUGUCUCAUACCCAGUCAGACAGCUCUAUGGGGGACCAGGCCCCUCUAAUUCUGGAGAGCCAAUUCUCCAUAGAACUCCAUAUAUCUGAGCCAGGUGAUGAGUGCUGCGAGCCACAGAGCUCCCCCACACCGCAAUCUGAAACAUCUGUGCCCCAGGAGGAUGUAGUAGACAAGCAGGUGCUUUUGAGCACCCACAGCGCAGCUGCGUUAAAGGUUGGCACCCAUCAGCUCAUACCUAAGAAUUUAGCUGUGGCCAGCCGGCCUAAACACCGGCACCACACCACAGUGGUGACAUUCCCAUUGGGACUGGAGAACUCCAGCAGUGGGACCCGAAGCCGUCACUCAACUCAGGGGCCGGAUGUGACCUGGGAGGAUUAUGACAGUGAUGGAGACGGCUUUGCUUUGAGGAGGAACCGCAGGAACAAAUCAUAUAGAGCAGCUGUGACCAGCCUGGACAUUGAAGCUAUGGCAAAGGGACAAGGGACUGCAUCCACACUGAAACCUGUCAAAGAAGACAUAGCAACCAGUCCUAGUCCGGCUCGCAGUCCUAGACGCAAGCGAACCCUGGGAAGAAGAAGGAACCGGAACCAGCGUGGAUCCUUUAAAGAUGCUACACCGUGUCUCUACCAGGAGAUACGUGAGCGAGGGCUACACUCUACCAACCAGGAUGAGUUGCUGGAUGACUUUGUGGUGGUGGAGCCACCUAUUGAAGACCAGGGCAUUGUCGUGAAGAGCUAUCGGCCAGUACAGCUCACCUGGAGCCAGCUGCCACAGGUGAAAGAUACAGAUAUCCUGACAAUGAUCACACCUCAAGAGAGAAAGAGACAAGAGGCCAUCUUUGAACUCAUGACCUCGGAGCAUUCCUACCUGCACAGCCUGGGCAUCCUGGUACGUCACUUCCAGAGCAGUGAAGCUCUGAGGAAAACGAUGACGGCCACAGAGCAUCAUCACCUCUUCUCCAACAUCUCUGUCAUUCAACAAGUCAGCAAACGGUUUUUUGAAGACCUUGAACGUCGUCACUAUGACAACCCAGUAAUUCGGGACAUUAGUGAUAUAGUUCAGCAACACGCUGCCCACCACUUUGAGCCCUACAUUGUCUACUGCUCGAACGAGACCUUCCAGCAGAGGACGCUGCAGAAGCUGCUGACUAGUAAUACUGCGUUCAAAGAGACCCUGAAGCAAAUUGAAGGAAGCAGUGAAUGUGGAGGCCUCCCCAUGAUCUCUUUUCUCAUCCUUCCCAUGCAGCGGGUCACCAGACUGCCACUGCUGCUGGAUACAAUUUGCCAGAAAACUCCAGACAAGACGGCAGAGUACUUUGCUGCUGUUUGGUCACUGCACGCCAUCAGCAAGUUGGUCAGUAGCUGCAAUGAUGGAGCAAGGCGUAUGGAGAGGACAGAGCAGAUGUAUACCAUCCAGAAACAGAUGGACUUUGGUAAAAUCAAGCCAUUUCCACUGGUGUCAUCUUCGCGUUGGCUGAUGAAGCGUGGCGAGCUGGCUGUCUGCACUGAAGAGCUCAGCAUCUGGAGGGCUUUCAGCCACAGGAGCUACUACCUAUUUCUCUUCAAUGAUGUACUGAUCAUCACCAAGAAGAAGAGUGAGGAGAGCUUUGUGGUGAUGGACUACGCCACUCUGGAGAAUGUGGAUGUGGAGGUCCCGGUCGAUGCAGAGGGACGGAUGUCUCCGCCUGCCAAGAACAGCUCCUAUCUGUCUUUCAGACUGCUGAUGAGCAGGAACAGUGAGGGGAGACCGGAGCAGACCUGCCUGGUGGCAGAGUCCAGGGUGGACCGGGCUCGUUGGAUAGUUGCUCUCAAAGAGCACAAGGAGGCGGGAGUCAUCACAUGUAAAGAUGGUCUACCACAGUAUGAGGCCACCAAAGCCUACAUGCCAAAGGAACCAGAUGAGCUGGGGCUGCAGCAGGCUGAGAUCGUCAUCGUUUUUCAGCAAGAAGAGGCCUGGUGCUUUGGGGAGAGAAUGCGAGAUGGAGAAAGGGGCUGGUUUCCUGCCAGCUGUGCCACAGAGAUCACCAACCGCACUGCCAUGGAGAACAACGUGCAGCGCAUGAAGCGCCUACGUAAAGAGACAAAUGUAUGAGAUUCUCAGUGUCUAAGACUGUCAUUGAUGAAUCAUAUACUGAACACAGGAACUGCAUGAAUUACAGUAACAGUGUCCCAGAAGUCCACAACCAAGAGACAGAGACUAAACAGGAUAUUAAAGUCUCUAAUGGCGUCCUGGUGCCCCAGUGGUCCCUACUCUGAAUACAGCCAGGGUUCAAAUUUCAUUUUGCUCUGUCAGACUACCUUUUUUUUUUUUUUUUUUUACUUGAGUUACUACUGUAGGAAUUUUUACUCAACAUGUACAGCACUCACUGUAAUUUCCUUGGUGUGGAUGUAAAUUUACUUGAUUUAGUAAAUACUUAACUUUAGAUUCAGUGUAUGAUUUUAUUUAAAAUCUAGAUGCUAUAAAAUGUAAUUCUUUUGCCUAUAUACAUUUAACAAACAGUUGCAUGCAAAAGAAUUUCAAGUAUGUUUCCUACACUUUGCUUAAGUCCUAUCACUUCAACUCAAGAAGGAACUUGAAUCUAAAUCUUGGCUGCAUCUUGUUCUAUUGUGUGUUAAUGUCAAUUAAAGAGACUGUAGUUGAUGUCCUAGUGUACAAUAAGUUUUUGGCCACAGAAUCAAGUUUUGGAAAAGAUGGUAUUUUAAAUGUAGUUUAGUAUGCUGUGGCAUUGUUUGGUUAUGUUGAAUAAAUAUUUACUGCAAUAAGACUACCUGAAAUGAACAAAUAACACUCCCAACAGUCUUCUCUCAUUUCUUUACCAGAAGAAAAUAAAACCCACACAAGACCAUUUUCCUGGUUUCUGGACUUUUAUUUGAGCUUGCGUUCUGUUAAAAUGUUUUGAAUACAUAAAAAGUUAUUUAAAAAUGUCAAACUGACCAGAUAUCAAAUUUCCAUUUUUUCUUUAAAAACCAUUUGGUGUAAAAACUUAGGACAGAUUUAGAAAAACAUUUGCAGUUUCCCCAAAACGUUUUGUAGCUGUCACAUAAAAAUAAGGAGAAAAACAAAAAAAAACAGGUCUGCA